CCCUGACACAAUUGGACAGUUCAACAGUUGCACAGAAAUCUCUAUACACAGAUUCCCAAGCGGAGACGUUUCAGUCAGAGGGAUUCAUCCCACACUCUCUCAUCUCCCUUGAAGAGAAGCCAUGGCACUAGCCUGCUUUGUUACAUUUCUUAGCUUAGCGCAUCUCCUCAGCAGUAUGCCCCUGCAAUGUGAACUCCUGCUUCCACAAAUCCCAGACAACACUACAGCAUCCAAGCUGCUGGGGAAAUGGUUCUACAUAGCUGGUGCUUCACAGUUCCCCUUUCACCUGCUGGAAAUGGUGCUGAUAGAUAAUGGUUAUCUUGAUGUGAACCCUACUGAACAGGAGCAGGAGUUAUUCAUCAACCAGCAUGUCACAGUUGGGGACAAAUGUCUCUCAAACAACUCAACUUACCUUGAAGUCUCUAUCAAUAAUGCCACCCUGAUCAAGUAUGCCAAGAACCAGCGCACCAUGGGGAAGCUUAUGAAGAGCAGUUCCGAAGAAAUUUUCCUCAUUCAAUACCAGAUGCAUAAGGAGAAGAACUACGCAGGAUUGUAUCUUUAUGCCCGGAACCAAAACAUGAGUAACACUCAGUUGGAGGAAUUCAGAGACCAUGCUAAAUGUCUGGGUCUUCGUGAAGAGGAAAUAAUUUAUGCACCAUGGCAGAAGGAGCUAUGCCCAAUGUAAGAAACCAAACAAACAAUUCCCCAGGCAAGGGGACCCCAGCUCCAGUACUAG